AUGGCUACCAAUUCCAGGAAUUCUGGCUCAGGCAGCCAAUACAGCAACACACACGGAACUCAGAACAAUAACUCUGGCUCUGGGAAUCAGUUCAACGCAAAUACCAUCAAUUACAAUGCGCAGAACCAAAGCGAUUCCAAACUCCUCGCCGAUUUGCGCGUCACUGAUCCACGCGACGACAAAAGACGCAUCGAACGCAGAAAGGGCGGGCUACUACGCGAUUCAUACUGCUGGAUUCUCGACCACGAGGCCUUUGUCCGAUGGCAGACCGAUACGCAGAGCUCGCUUCUCUGGAUAAGAGGCGACCCUGGUAAGGGCAAAACGAUGCUUAUUUGCGGCAUCAUUGACGAACUACCUGCACGCAUGCCAGGAUGGGAGACGAUCUACUUCUUUUGCGAAGCGACCGAUUCGCGUCUCAACAACAUGACAGCCGUACUGCGUAGCCUUCUGUAUCUGUUACUUAGAAAGAGGCCUUCACUUUCUAGAUUCAUACGCGAAGAGCAUGAGCAUGCAGGAAGGCGACUUUUUGAAGACGCCAACGCGUGGGAUGUUUUAGACGGAAUAUUUACGAACAUAGCGCAGGAUGGUGGCCUCGACGACUUCAUCCUCAUCAUCGAUGCACUAGAUGAGUGCACAGCAGGCCUUGAACAGCUUCUCGAUUUUAUCGUUCGUUUAUCUUCGUUGAACGUCAAAGUCAUCGCUUCAAGCCGCAACUGGCUAAGCAUCGAACAGACUGUUUCUCGGCAGCUGUAA